UGUGGACGCAACCUCGCGCGCUCCUCCCACCCCGCGGACGCCGGCACCACGCCGCCGUCGAUCUGCGAGGAGUUGGCCGGCGAUGCGAGCGAAUGGCGCGCCAUCGAUCGCGAGCGCCAGAGUUGAAACCAUGAGGCAGUCUGGAUGGUUGCUGCAAUGAGGUGGUAUUGCAUUCCCCAUCGUGUUUGAUAGUAUUCAAAGGCUGGGAAGCCUUAUAGUGAUUAUAAACAAUUUGGUUCAGAAAAGUGUAGCUCGAAUGAGGCAGGAAGAAAGUGAUAGAAUUAUAACAGUGACUGGUGUGGUUGAUUCAGUGGCAAUAUGGCUUCAGAGGAGAGCAGUGCAGAAAGGAAGAAGCGUUACAGACAAUGUUUGCCUGUCCCAAUGUUCAGUCGAAAUGAUUUUUCAUUGUGGUCUGUGCUGAAGAACUGCAUUGGAAAAGAACUAAGCAAGAUAACAAUGCCAGUGAUUUUUAACGAGCCUCUCAGCUUUUUGCAGCGGAUGGUUGAGUAUAUGGAAUAUGCUCACCUCCUACAACGGGCAUCUGAGGCAACUGAUCCAGUUUCUCGUAUGCAGUAUGUGGCAGCGUUUGCUGUAAGUGCACUUGCGUCUAAUUGGGAACGUCUGGGCAAACCAUUCAAUCCACUGCUUGGUGAAACAUACGAGUUGGAGAGAGAUGGAUACAGAGUGAUCUGUGAGCAAGUUAGCCACCAUCCUCCAGUCUCUGCCUUUCAUGCAGAUUCUAAGGAUUUCAUUUUUCAUGGGUCCAUACAUCCUAAACUAAAAUUCUGGGGAAAAAGUGUUGAAAUCCAGCCGAAAGGUGUUGUUACUGUAGAAUUGCCUAGGUGGGGUGAGGCAUAUACAUGGACCAAUGUGAACUGCUGUGUCCACAACAUUAUUGUUGGAAAACUUUGGAUGGAACAGUAUGGAACAAUGGAAGUUGUAAAUCAUUCAACUGGUCAUCGUGCAAUUUUAACUUUCAAGCCAGCAGGGUGGUUAUCCAAAGAUCUCCACAGAGUGGAGGGCUUUAUCAUGGACAAAAACAAGAAGAAAAUAAACUUCCUUUAUGGAAAGUGGACGGAAUUCAUUCGCUGUACAGAUAUAAGCUCCUAUGAUGAUUAUAUGAAAGAAAAUGCUCACAAAUUCAGAAGAGAUGGCGAUAAAGGAAAGGGAUCUACACCUACAGAUAGCCCAUCAAAUACUCCAAAAAAAGUUUUAGCUAAGCUCAACAGUUUAAAAGUUGGGCCAUUUAAAAGCAACUCACAGUCUGAGGCAAGCUUUAGUGCUGAUGAUGGAUGUCCAAUACCUGAACCAGUGGAUGGAGAUAUUCCAAAAUGUGAUUCCACCUACUCCAUUGAUAUUCCUAAUUCAGUAACCAUGUGGGAGGCUGACCCACGACCAGAAAAUGCAGCAGAUUACUACCAGUUCACUUUGUUUGCCAUGUCCUUGAAUGAAAUGGAAGAAGGAAUGAGGGAGAAACUCUGUCCCACUGAUUGCAGAUUACGACCAGAUAUACGGAAACUUGAAGAAGGAGAUAUAGAUGGCGCUGCAGCAGAAAAAACUAGACUGGAAGAAAAGCAGAGAGAUGCCAGAAAAGCUAGAAAAGGAAAGAAAGCUGUUGACUGGGCACCAAGAUGGUUCACUCAAGGAACAAAUCCAUAUACCAAACAAGAAGACUGGUUGUAUAGUGGAGGAUACUGGGAUCGUAAUUUUACUCAUAUUCCAGAUAUUUUUUAAACAGUACAGAAUACCAUAAGCAUGGUUCCUGAUGGACGUCACAAUGAAAAUUAAAAAAAAAAAAAUUACACCUGAGAGUUAACAGACUACUCAUAAUUUGUGAGUGUGCCUAAUGAAUGAAAGAGGUGGGACCAUUAAUGUAGUAGUCUUCCAGGUAUACUCUCUGCCUGGUAACUGGUGUGUUCCAUUCAAAUUGCUCCCGAAUAUUUGUGUGUGGUGAUGGUGAAGACAAAAUGAUUAUGAGUUGACAUUGUAAAUUAUUGUGAACUGUCAUAAAAGUCUAUGUUAUGUUGACUUAUAGCAUAUAUGUGUCUCAUAGUAUGCAGCUGUUAAUAUGGAAUGCAGUUUGUACUGUAUUAUUAAUCAGUAAUGUAUAACACAAAAUGAAUAUGAAUAUUUGAUUGUGAUAUUACAACAUCUUAUGUUCACUAGUAUGACAGUGAUAGUGCUCAGUUGCAGGCCAUUUAUUUUGCAUGACAUGGUUUUGGUAGCUGCAUUCUUCAUCAUUUGUGAUGAUCCCUCUUCCUCAGGCAGAUUGUAUUGUGACAUAAUUUCACUCUUUUAAUAUCUUCAGUUAUUCAGUUGAUGUAAGGUUUCCUUCAGAUAGCUGUGAUGCUGAAGUAUGUAAUAUUCUGAAGUUGUUACAGUUUUGACAUAAUGUUAUAGUAGAACAUUACAAAUGGUGACAUGUUAGUUGUUUAGAUUGAUAAGGUUGUAUGAAUAAAGGUACCACUAUUAUUUGUAAUCAGAUGGAGGGUAACCAAUCAAUAAUUUGUGCUUAUAUAUGCUUUAUUUCAAUGUCAUUUACAAGAGUUAGUGUAAAAACAGAACAUUUGUUUUCUAUGUAGGAUGUGUUGUAUGUAUGUGAUGUUUUAAAUACGUUUACUUUCCUGUAUAUGGAAAUAUCUUAUUCUUAAGAAGAAGAAAAUUCUGAAUGUUGGUUGAUAGAUCAAUUCAUUAUUCUUACAUGUUUGUUAAUACUCACUGUUGUAGACAACCUCUGUAACGCAGUUUGAUUUCUGUUGAUGUAUAUUCAUUGAAUUCUUCACUGUCAGCUCUAAAGCAUUAUAUUUACUUGAUAACUGUCUGUAAAUGUGUGUCAUAAAAAAAAUGAUAUAGUAGGUUUGAGUAAUAGAAAUCAGUGGUUGUAAAUUAGAUAUACUGGUAAAUAUGGUUGUGUGUGGUGCUAAUACCACUUUUGGCACUGGCUUUGUCCAGUCGUAGUAUCUAAGUAUCAACUGUGUGGCAUGUGGCAUAGUCUUGCAGCUACAUAAACACAAUACACACUAACUGUAAAUACAUGUACAAAAGCUCAGCAGUGUCAUUAAUAAUAUCAGCCAUUAUUGUAGUAAGAUAUGAGAACAUUAUUCUUGUUCUAACAAGACUCAAAAGAUAUGCAGUUUUAGUACAGUUAGUUCGUGUUGCAUUUGUAAAUGUGCAGGUAGUCACAUUAAUCUGACUCUGAUGUUUAACUAGUCCAUUAAAUUUACAACUGGCCUAUUGUGACUGUGUAUCAGAACAAGCUUAGAGGAACAUUUGUAUCAUUAGUAUGCGUUACUAUUUGUCAACUGAAUUUUAUUUUGUACAGGCAGUGCAACACAUUUUGCUUUAAGUUAAAGAAAUGUAUUAAGUAACUUUCCAAUUUAUAGCUGUUAUGCAACAGAAGAUUGAAAUGCUUUUGCUGUGAAGUUAAGUCUAGCACACUACUGUAUUGUGGUAGUGUAGUACUUAGUACAGUGCAUAUAAAAUGUGUGUAAUUUGAAGAUGGUUACCCAUAGGUUGCUAAACUGGUACAAACAGAUACCGUCUUAGUGUCGUUACAAACUUACUAGCAUUAUAUGCACACAAAACUGUUACAAAUCUGUCAAUUUGUGUGUAUUACUAUAUUGUUGCAUUAAUUGACAGUACAAAGUUACAGAUCAUAGUUACUGAUACUCAAGAGUAAGUUUUUGUGCACUAACCGGAACAAUUAGAAUAAGGAAAUAUGCAGCUAUUUUAUACUGUGUUACAAGCCAUAUAACUAAUUAUUUUCAUAAACUACUGCCAUUGUUUCGAGCAGAAUAGAAGCAACACGGGGUAUGAAGUGAUUCAGUAAGUAACUUAGCUAAAUACUAAUUCUAUUUUUCAUCCCAUCUCUUUUCAAAGUAAUUUACCAUUUAAUAAAAUAUUAUACUAAUAGAGAUCAGAGUCUCUAAAUGCACACCGUCACACCCACUCUCAAAUUUCCUGUGCCUGUAUCCUUCGUCUGCAAACUCAUCUCCCCCUCCCCUACACACACCUCUUUCUUUGUUAGUCUUUGAUACUUGACAAAUUCUAAUUGCUGGGGGCCAUACCUUUGUCAUUUUCAGUUUUUGUUCUCCUCUUCUUGAGCCUUAUGAGCAGGUAUCUGAUUUGGGAGAAGCACUUUUUGUAUUUUUUUGUGUCAUUUCUUUACAGACUUCAUCACAUGGAUGUUUGGGGCUUGAAUAAUGCAUCUGUUGGCAAAAUUCAAUUUGUUUGAUAUCUAUGGAACAAGCAGUUAACUAAUUAAUCAUAUGCUGACAUGGUGCUGAUAACAACACAGGCAGUAUUCCCAAGUUUUAUGCAGGUUGUUGUAGUAUCUGGUCAUAAUUCGUUGAUUCAGUUAGUAACAUUUAUUUUCUUGUGCCACACUUUAUAUGCAGGUGUUGAUUUAGGGAGCCUUUGAGAAAUAACAUUUAAGUCUCAGUGCACAAUGAACUUUCAAAGUAUAGGGAAAUGUUGACUUCAGGAAAGUCAUUAGUAUUAACUCACUUCCUGUAUUAUUUCUUUUGAUGAUAGUUCCACUAAUUAUUUAGUUGUUCUGAUUAAAUAUUAAGUUUCUUUUAUUAUCCAAGUUAAAUUGCUGCUCAGACUUCCACAUAAUGUGUAUAGGUGGUUCCUCACCUACCUUCCAAGAAUCUCUCUAAAACAAAAACUUGAAUUCUGAUCUUAAUGUGUCACUUACACAAUACCCAUAAAUGUGCUAUUUGGUUGAGACACACACACACACACACACACACACACACACACACACACAGAGAGAGAGAGAGAGAGAGAGAGAGAGAGAGAGAGAGAGAGAGAGAGAGAGAGAGAGAGAUUCAGUUUUUACAUAAAUUUUAGACUGCAUUUAUAAUUAAUAAAUAGUUUUAUUGCAACAAAUACUUCUGUCUGUGCACUUUGUUGAGAAUCAGAGUGAAAUAUUGGCCAUUGAGAUUUCUAAGAAUUGGCAAUGCUUUCUUUUUAUAAAGAU